GUCCGCGGCCCGCCCGAGCACUCCGGGACCGGCGGAGACACGGACGGGACACCGGCACCGACAGGGACACCGGCACCGACAGGGACACCGGCACCGACAGGGACACCGGCACCGCCGCGAUGGUGAAACCGCGGUACAAGGGCCGCUGCUCCAUCAACCCCUCCCGCGCCAGCACCAACCCCGAUCGAAUCGGGGGCGCGGGGGGGAACAACAUGCGGGACCGAGCGACCAUCCGGCGCCUCAACAUGUACCGGCAGAAGGAGCGCAGGAACAAACAUGGCAAAGUGAUCAAACCCCUGCAGUUUCAGUCCACCGUGGCACCAGGCACAGUGGCGAGGGUGGAACCAAAUAUCAAAUGGUUUGGAAAUACUCGUGUGAUCAAGCAGUCAUCCCUGCAGAAGUUCCAGGAGGAGAUGGAGACGGUGAUGAAGGAUCCUUACAGGGUGGUCAUGAAGCAAAGGAAGCUGCCCAUGUCCCUCUUCCAUGAUCGGAUCAAGCCACACACCUCCAGGGUUCACAUUCUUGACACGGAAACAUUUGAAACAACGUUUGGCCCCAAAUCACAGAGGAAAAGACCAACGCUGUCUGCAAGUGAUGUGCAGGCUCUGGUGGAGAAUGCUGAGGCCUCCUCAGAGUCUUAUGACCAGGACAAGGACCGAGACCUGGUGACAGAGGACACUGGUGUAAGGGAUGAAGCACAAGAGGAAAUCUUUAAGAAAGGACAGUCCAGAAGAAUCUGGGGUGAGCUCUACAAGGUGAUCGACUCGUCAGAUGUUGUUGUUCAGGUUCUUGAUGCCAGGGAUCCCAUGGGCACUCGCUCCCCUCAUGUGGAAUCUUAUCUGAAAAAGGAGAAACACUGGAAACAUCUCAUUUUUGUCCUGAACAAAUGUGAUCUCGUUCCUACCUGGGCUACUAAACGUUGGGUUGCUGUCCUUUCCCAGGAGUAUCCAACACUGGCUUUCCACGCCAGCCUCACAAACCCUUUUGGCAAAGGUGCUUUCAUACAGCUUCUAAGGCAGUUUGGAAAGGUACAGAACAAUUCUGGGGAUCUGUAUGGUUGGGGUGGGGGAGUUAGUGUGUGGUGUUUUGCUUUGUUAGGGUUUGGGGCUCAGUGCUGCAGUGGUGUACAAGGACGUGUUAUUUCUCACCAGUUACACUCUGACAAGAAGCAGAUCAGCGUGGGGUUCAUUGGUUACCCCAAUGUUGGCAAGAGCUCAGUGAUCAAUACCCUACGAUCCAAGAAGGUCUGCAACGUGGCCCCCAUUGCAGGGGAAACAAAGGUGUGGCAGUACAUCACCCUGAUGCGGCGCAUCUUCCUCAUCGACUGCCCCGGGGUGGUUUAUCCGUCGGGAGACACGGAGACAGACAUCGUGCUGAAGGGAGUGGUUCAAGUUGAAAAGAUUAAGAGCCCCGAAGACCAUAUUAGUGCUGUGCUGGAAAGGGCCAAAGCAGAGUACAUCAGGAAGACAUACAAAAUUGAUUCCUGGAAGGAUACAGAAGACUUCCUGGAGAAACUUGCUGCUAGGACUGGAAAACUGCUAAAGGGUGGUGAGCCUGACUUGCAGACUGUGAGCAAGAUGGUUCUCAAUGACUGGCAGAGGGGCAGAAUCCCAUUCUUUGUGAAGCCACCGAAUGCAGAACCAGGUGAACCAGGUCCCCAGCCUCCUGCAUUUGAAGCAAGCCAAGAUAAUACUGAGGAGAAAGUCUCUGAGUCGAUGGCAUCAGGAGUGGAGCCAGAAGAGAGGAACAACCCAGACAGUGAAAUCAGGCAGCUCAUGUCCCACGUUCGGCAGAACUUCGGCAGGAUUAACGUGGCACCUCAGUUCUCAGAAGAAGACCUGGUUCCUGUGGAUGUGCCAGGCUUUGAUGAGACAGACAGUGAUUCCUGUGGAGAGGAAGAGCAGGAGGAGGAGAAGGAGGAGAAUGAGCAACAGCAGGAUGCAGGAGAGGAGGAAUCGCAGGUGGCUGCGCCGGGUGCCAGGGAGAGUUCUAAAGCAGUUCUUAAGGCUCUGGAGGACAAGAUUGCAAAAUACAAAAAAUUCCUGGAUAAAGCCAAAGCCAAGAGGUUCUCAGCAAUAAGAAUCCCUAAGGGACUGAGUGACAAAGUGUUUGCAAAAUCCAUGCAGAAGGCUGAAGAACCCAAAGAAACUGAAGACAGAGGCAGCACAGAAAAGAAAAGAAAGAGGAAAGCAGAAGAGGGAGGUGAUGAUGAUGACCAGUUGGGUAAACAGCCUUGCAAGAAACUCACAUCCAAAGAAAGGAGACGAGCCGAGAGGCAGCAGCGCUCCAAGAAAGUUGGAGUCCGGUAUUAUGAAACUCACAACGUGAAAAAUAAGAAUAAGAACAAGAAAAAAACUGGCUUGGAGGAACAAAGAUCAAAGCACAAAAAAUACAAACAUAAGCAAUAGCUGCUUAUUCUAUUAAAUUUUACAUAAAACA